AUGGAUAAAAAAUUAUCACUCAAGGAACUUAUGACCGCCUAUCAGAGAUGGGUUAUUAAUAAUCCAUCUUUGGUAACAGACGUAGAAACAGUGGCGACGUGGUCCUCUUAUUUUAUUGCUGGUAAGAUCAAUAAAUCACCUAUUGUUUCAGAACUUGUAUAUGCAUUAUCUAAACUACUUUCCUUAUUUAAUGACAAGAUUAUUAACGCUGCAUAUGGCAACAAUGCUUCCCAAUUCAGUUUACAAGAACAGAUAAAAUUAUGGCUCACAAUUGUCCAUUAUUGUGAAGUUUUUGUUGAACUCGCUGUAAAAUACAAGUGUGGUACUCGUGGAAAGUGGACAGCAGCAAUAAUAAUACAAAUGUUUAAAUGUUCAUCUGCAUUGGUAUUGCUCUAUAGAUUUAAAGAUAUACCUAUACAACAUCCACCAAUACCAGCAUUACAACGAAAGAAAUUUACUGAAACAGUUGAGUCUGAAGAAAAUAGAGAUGCUUCUUUUACCUUAAAAAGGUCUGGUAGAGUUAUCCGUAGGGUGGAAGGUGCACCACCUAUAAGUCUUCGUGAUUGGCAACCUAUAAAAGUGGAAGACAACAGCAUUCCGUCUGCUAUUGAAAUAAGAGAUUUGAAACAUGCAGAGUUAAUACAUAUAUUUAAACCAAUAGUACACCUUGGUGCAAUGAAACUAUUUGGUACUAAAUCCUGGAAGCAGUGGCUGAUUGCUUUGGGAUUAGAUGUUACUAGUUUUCAACUAUACAAUAAGCACAUGAAUGAAAUAAGCUAUGAGCAAAGGUUAGAAAUAAGUAGAAGAAAGUUAAGUCUGGUUUUGUAUCUAUUGAGAAGUCCUAUGUAUAAUAGUUACUCCAAAAGGGUUAUUGAAAAUUUCCUUGAAUCAACUUCCAACAAAAUACCAGCAAUGUCUUUUAUUUGUCAACCUAUAAUACAGUAUUUAAAUCAUUGGCAAGAUAUAUACUUUUAUAUGUGGGCUAUGUGA